AUGGUUUCCUGUUUCGGCGAGCAUUACUGUUUUCUGCCGUGCGAGUACUUUCCCCCAGAAGAAGAUGCUGCCUGUAGGAUGUUUGAGAAACGCGUGCUAAAGAUGCACAACGAUUACUACUACACUGACAUCAAGGGGACGCCGUUCAGUGUUGGUGUGGCUCUGUCCAGAGGACAUGGCAAAUACUUCUUCAGGGGAAACGUGUCUGUAGAGGCAGGACUCCAUGACCUAGAACAGCCAGAUGUCGCCCUGGCAGAUGAAUGGACUUACUGCAACACAGAUGAGCAGCAUGAGCACCGCUACCUCACCCAGAUCCAGGCCAUCAAACUCUACCUGACGGGUCGCAGGCCUCAUCUCAAAUGUGACAGAGAGCUGAUACAGGAAGUGUUGUUUGACGCUGUGGUCACUGCCCCUCUGGAGGCCUACUGGACUGGACUGGCCCUCAACAAGUCUGAGAACUCAGACAAAGGGGUGGAGAUUGCUUACCUGGGAACACGCACCGGCCUGUCCAGGACCAACCUGUUUGUUGUCCCAGAGCACCUGUCCAAUCAGGACUUCCUGACAGCGGAGGACAAAGAGGGAGUGUUCAAUGCGGACCACUUCCCUCUGUGGUACAAGCGAGCAGCGGAACAGGUUCCUGGAACCUUUGUGUACUCCAUCCCCUUUGCCUCAGCGUCAGAGAACAAGAGUGUUGUUCUGGCCAGCACCGCCAUCCAGCUGCUGGAUGACAGAAAGUCCCCCAUUGUUGCUGCUGUGGGGAUCCAAAUGAAGUUGGAAUUCUUCCAAAGAAAAUUCUGGACUGCCAGUCGACAGUGUGCUGCUCUGGAUGGAAAAUGCACCAUCAGUUGUGAUAGUGAGGAUAUCAAGUGUUACCUCAUCGACAACAACGGCUUCAUCCUGGUCACGGAAGACUACUCCCAGACAGGACUCUUCUUUGGCGAGGUGGAGGGAGCUGUGAUGAACAAGCUUCUUCUGAUGGGCUCCUUCAAAAGGAUCACACUGUAUGACUACCAGGCCUUGUGUAAAGAUUAUGCCGGGAGUAGCGACAGCUCUCGUACUUUAUCAGACCCUUUCACUGUUGUGAAAUGGUUCCUGACUGAACUGGUCAUUUUUCUACUGGAGUUUAACCUGUACAGCUGGUGGAACGUUGAUCUCACUGUGAAAGCCCAGAGAUCCCGGGGGAAGACCAUGAUGGUUCCAUGUGACACAGAGUACCCUGCCUUCGUAUCGGAGCGCACCAUCAAGGAGACCACCGGCACCAUUGAGUGUGAGAGCUGCUCCAGGUCGUUUGUUAUCCAACAGAUUCCCAGCAGUAACCUCUUCAUGGUUGUUGUGGACAACAAGUGUGAAUGUAGCUCUGCCCCGGUCGUCAGCAUGGAGCCCAUUGAGAUCAUGUACAACGAGUCCCUGAAAUGUGAUAGACUGAAGUUUCAGAAGGACAGAAAAAGGCCUGAGUCAUGUCAUCCUUUCCACCCAGAGGAGAAUGCCAUGGAGUGUGGGUCAGCUACCGGCAUCGCUGCCCCACUCACAGCAGCACUGCUGCCCCUAGUGGCCACUCUUCUUACUACGUGACCUGAGGAUCUGAGGACCCAACACUGGAGACAAGCAGAGACACCAGCCACAGAUACAGUGUAACUCCAGAGGCCGACAAUAUAUAAGGAACUGAUUCUUUUCAUUUACAAAAGGGGGGGGGGGGGUUCAUGGCCAAUCAGAGUUCGCUUUGCUUACCGCCAAAAGAGAUACUAGCCAAUUAGAAUGCACUGAUUAUGUAGUGGUGUGCCAAACCAGUCUUAGGUUGGGCUACUUUAAUAACCAUGAAAAAUGCACUGUGAACGCAACAACAAAAAUCUCAGAUUAUAACCUGUGACCUGCAGCACAGAAAGUUUCUUCUAGGUACAGAGUACACAAAAUAGACUGUAGUCAGACAAAGAUAUAAAACUGUCUAAAAUAGCAGCUGAAUGACUAGUUUCUAAAAUCAGCAAUACGUUGCCAGAAACAGUGACACGUUGCUGUGAGAUCUGCCAGUUUCUGAGGUAAAUAUUUUUUAAUUUAUCUUCAAGAAUCGCAUUCUCUGAUUGUGGCUUUGACAGGGAUAACGUCAAAUAUCCCAGGUAAAUAAACAAGGUAAAUAUUAAAAUUGUUUUAUUCUGCCUGCUUCUCAUUUUUACAGCAGCUGACGUUUCAUACAAAGAAAAAUAUGCAUGAAAAAAAAAAAACUAUGAACAGUACGUUCUGUAGCGCGAGUAGACUCUCGAGCGAGAGAAAACUCCGCUGUGCUGGCUGCCAUAUGAAAAUGAUGAAUAAUUGCUUGUUUUGAAGAAUGUUACUGUGUACACUACCAUCAACGUUUAUGUUGGCGCCCAAUUGCCUAAUCCUAUCUUUGACAAAGAUGUUCAAUAAACACAAAUUAUUAUUUUC